AGUAAAGAAAAGAAAAGAACGGAAAAGGAAAGAAAAGAAAAACGCUACUGCACUAAAAGAAAAACAAAAAGCAAAGAAAAGAAAAGAAAAAGAAAGAAAGAAAGAAAGAAAGAAAGAAAGAAAGAAAGAAAGAAAGAAAGAAAGAAAGAAAGGAAAAGGAAAGAAAAACACUAACGCGCUAAAAACCCUAAGAAAAGAAAAGAAAGAAAGGAAAAGGGAAGAAAAACACUAAUGCGCAAAAAAACUAAGAAAAGAAAAGAAAAGAAAAGAAAAGAAAAGAAAAGAACGGAAAAGGAAAGGAAAAAAACGCUUAUGCACUAAAAGAAAAAAGAAAAGAAAAGAAAAGAAAAGAAAAGAAAAGAAAAGAAAAGAAAAGAAAAACACUAAUGUGCUAAAAAACACUAAGAAAAGAAAAGAAAAGAAAAGAAAAGAAAAGAAAAGAAAAGAAAAGAAAAGAAAGAAAGGAAAAGGAAAGAAAAACACUAAUGCUCUAAGAAAAGAAAAGAAAAGAAAAGAUAAGAAAAGAAAAGAAAAGGAAAGAAAAACACUAAUGUGCUAAAAAACACUAAGAAAAGAAAAGAAAAGAAAGAAAGGAAAAGGAAAGAAAAACACUAAUGCUCUAAGAAAAGAAAAGAAAAGAAAAGUAAAGAAAAGAAAAGAAAAGAAAAGACACCAGUGCAAAAAAGAAAAGAAAAGAAACGUCAUAAAAAAAAAAAAAAUUAAAAAAAAAAA